AAGUAAGUAGAGCGGCGCCCAGUUUUGUUUACGUUUGUAAAUCGCGUUGUUGCUUCUUGAAAUAGUUUUGCUUUAGUGGAGGAAACAAAAAAAAAAAAAAAAACGUGUGUCCCUAGUGCUAUAUUCUUUACAAUUCUAUAGCUUGUUCAAGUCUACAGUAAAUGCCAAUUCUCGUGCCAAAGGUCGUCGAUGUGCUGAAACGAUCUCAGUUUACUUGGACGUCUGUCGGCGUUUUCACGGUCAUCUUUGUUGCGCUGUUAAUGCACCAAGGCCUACUUUCCUUGCUAGCUCGCCGGGCCCUAGCAUCCAUGGCAGGCAUUGGUGCCUCAGGAAACUUCUCCUCUGGUACCUUUUCGGUUUCCUAUGUCACGGCACCCAACCAGGAUGUCGCCAAGAAGCUUGCCACCGCACUUUUCGAAAAGAAGCUGGCAGCAUGUGUCAACAUAGUUCCUGGCAUUACAUCAGUAUACGAGUGGAAAAGUGAAAUUCAGACUGACUCUGAAGUCCUUAUGAUGAUCAAGUCCCGGUCAUCGCGGCUAGAUGAAAUGACAAAAUUUGUUCGAGAAAACCACUCUUAUGAAGUGUGCUUUGUGCUUUCACUGAACAAUAUCCAGCAUGGAAACCCACCAUACCUAAAGUGGAUCUCUGAAGUUGUGCCUGAGGCAGGUGAUGGAAGUGUGAAGCCAGAUGAAGGCCAGGCGAAGUGAGCCAAACAAUGAGCUGGAAUGCCUCAGCAACUGAAUAAUUUGCAAGCAUGAAUAAAAAUGUUCUGUUUGGCAGUACUUC